AUGUAUAAUAAUAUAAAAAAAAUAUAUUCACCGCUGCAGAAAGGCAUCAGACCAAUGUGGGUUGUCAGAGGACUGCACAAGUCUGCAGUGGAGGUCUUGAAGUACCCCGCCCAUGAGGACACGGUCACGGCGACUUUUGGAAAGUUCAUCAGUGAAGUGAAGCCUCAACACUUGUCCCCUGUGGUCCUUCAUCGCAGUAAGAGGAUGGUGCUGGACAGUAUUGGAGUUGGUCUCCUUGGCAGCACAACAGAUGUCUUUCAACUGGCUCUGCAGCACUCCCAGCUCAUGUACGCUCAUCAUGACGUCAGCUCUGUCUACGGACCCGAGGGCAUCAAGCUCUCGCCAACACUGGCAGCUUUUGUCAACGGUGUGGCGACUCACGCCAUGGACUUUGAUGAUACAUGGCACCCUGCCACUCAUCCCUCAGGAGCUGUGCUUCCUGCUGUGCUGGCUCUAAGCGACAUGAUGCCUGCCGACGGCAAACCCAGUGGCCUGGACUUCCUGCUGGCUUUCAAUGUUGGCAUUGAGAUCCAGGGACGUCUCAUGAGGUUCUCUAAUGAGGCCCAUAACAUUCCCAAGAGGUUUCACCCUCCCAGUGUGGUGGGGACAAUGGGAAGUGCAGCAGCCUGUGCUAGCCUCUUGUCGCUGACUCCAUCCGAGUGCAGUCAUGCCUUAGCCAUUGCUGCGUCUCUCUCUGGAGCCCCGAUGGCUAACGCUGCAACUCAGUCCAAACCCAUGCACAUAGGCAAUGCCUCCCGCCUGGGGAUGGAGGCUGCUAUACUGGCCUCUCAAGGACUUCAGGCAAGCCAGCUUGUCCUGGAUGCUGUGGAAGGAGUUGCUGGUUUCAAUGCUUUCUACAAAGACUACAAGCCACAGCAUUUGAAAUCACCUAACGAUGGUGACCAUGUAUUCUUGCUAGAAGGGCAGGAUAUAGCUUUCAAGCGCUUCCCUGCACAUCUGGCCAUGCACUGGGUGGCAGACGCUGCGGCCUCAGUGCACAAGCACCUUGUGGGCUUUGGUCCUGGCACUGUGUCUUCGGCUCACAUUCAGGCCAUCCUUCUCAGAGUUCCCAACUCAAAAUACAUAAACAGGGCUUUCCCAGAGUCGGACCACCAGGCCCGCCAUUCUUUCCAGUUCAACGCUUGCAGUGCUCUCUUGGAUGGUGAGGUGAAAGUGCAGUCCUUCACCCCUGCAGCCAUGGCUCGUGCUGAGCUCCUCCAGUUGCUGAGGCGUGUCCGUGUGGAGCAUCCCUAUGACAACCCUGCCAAUUUCGAUCGCAUGUAUGGUGAAGUCCAAGUAGCACUUGUCGGGGGAGACAUUCUGAGAGGGCGCUGCGACACAUUUUAUGGUCACUGGCGCAAACCACUAACCGAUGAGAGCCUGCGAAAGAAGUUCAGGAAUAAUGCAGGGGCUGUGCUUCCCGAAGAUAAAGUUGAGAGACUGAUUCAAAUAGUGCAAGAGAUGGAAAAACUCAACGACUGUACGCCCCUUCUCUCACAACUGCAGUGAAAAUACAGGAUUACAGCUGAUAGUGACUCCCCUAUGGAGUCUUGUGAAACAAUAUGCAUCCAAUGUACAUUGUACUUUGCGAUGGAGCAAAAAAAAAAGAGUAGUGAAGAAGUAUCUAUAUGCACAUAGAAUGUUACAAUAUCAAUAUCGUAUAUAUCUGCUAAUCAUUUUACUUGCUUUACUUCAGUUUAUCCCAAACAAUGAACUAUUUGUGUUAAGUACUGAAAUUAAAAAAACUGAUUCUAUUAA